CCGCUGGCACCUCUGAACGAGGCCAGUCGCAACUAUAUCCGCUAUUUGUCUGACCGGCGUCGUGCAGAUCGUUCCCGGGUGCCAUGACUAGCCCCGUCACAUCUAUCGGGAGCGUAUUCAUCUGUGUGACCUUCACAUUCAUCCUAUCCGUAUGUAAAGACUGUAGUCAACACCGUGAUGCUACUGGACGUCGCACACUCAACUGCAUGUGCCGCUUUGAUAUAUACGUACUUAGUCCACUGGCACGGCAAUGUGACGAACCUCACUUUGCUUCAUUGAACAUAAUCGUGACGAUAGUACAAUGUUUUUACCUUUAUAGGAUAUGGAUUCUCGCCGAGAAGGCUUACAAAGUGCUGAUGAUUCCCGUACUUCUCACUGUCAUUCGCAUUGCAUUGGGAUAUCUCACUGCUGCAUUUAUGUUCAGCAUGCAUGUCUGGCCACAAUACCGCGAUUACAACAACGCGAGGAUCGUACUGUGCAUAGCGCUCGCGUCUGUGGCUGCGAAUGACGUAGUAAUUACCGCCACUCAAGUAUAUCUUCUCCAUCGAAGACGGACUGGCAUUCGCGGGACGGAAUAUGUUAUCAGAACAGUCAUGUUCUACUCAGUGAAUACGGGCGCCCUCACAACAAUCUUCUCAAUCAUCACACUGCUGAGUUUUGUUCUCGACCAGAGUCCCCUCCUCUACGGCGGUUUCAUACAAGUUCAAUGCAAACUUUUCGAAAACUCGUUGCUGGUAAAUAUCAACGCGAGACGAACUCUCCGCGACAAUCAGCCCAGUGCUGUCGAGAUCUACCCUUGGGACCUCAAUAAUACUUAGUACGCGUGUCACAGAGGGCGCUUAAUGGAUCGCUCUGAAUAGACCUGCCCGACGUUCACCUCAGUUUGUCCUUGACAAGUGCAGUCUCAUCUACGGCGGGUUAGUCGAGUUGCAAUGCGGACGUAAGUCGCAUGCCCAUUUGCAGCUGGGAUACCCUUAGCGAAGGCAACACUACAGUUUUUACGAA